CCAAAACUAGGAGGAGAAGGAGGGGGACCUCAGUUUGGGUGGGUGGGGGGAACAAACAGCCUCCAGAUUUAAGUUUAUUGUUCUGGAGAGAGAACUGAGGUAUAAUUACAGGGUGGUGUGGGUUCUCCCCCCCCUUCCGCCUUUUACAGCCCUUUUGUGAGCCCCACCGGAUUCCCUGCAGUUAAAUUUCCCCGUCUUGCUCAUUCAAGACCAAACGCAUCCCUGGCUGCCGCUGCUGCAGCCUCGCCUUUCCAGAGGACCUGAAAACAUCCUGUCUUCAGGAGGGCUUCCUGCCCAGCCAGACCCAGCCAGGCUUCUGAUGGAGGUCCCGAUCCCACUUGCUCUCCUCCUGGCCGCCUGGAGCUGCUCCUUCCCCUCCUCCUGCUCCUCCUCGCCCUCCUUCGCCUACCAGCUGGCGCAGCUGAGCAGCCGCCGCAGCAGCUGCAAGCCCGUGCCCAGCAGCAUGAGCCUGUGCCACGGCGUGGGCUACAGCGAGAUGCGCUUGCCCAACCUCCUGGGCCACGAGACCAUGAAGGAGGCGCUGCAGCAGGCCGCCUCCUGGGUGCCCCUCCUCACCAAGCAGUGCCACCGAGACACCAAGAAGUUCCUCUGCUCCCUCUUCGCCCCCGUCUGCAUCAGCGAGCUGGACGAGCCCAUCUUCCCCUGCCGCUCCCUCUGCGAGGCCGUCCGGGACGGCUGCACCCCUGUCAUGGCCGCCUUCGGCUUCCCCUGGCCGGAGAUGCUCAACUGCAGCCGCUUCCCCCGGGGGAACGAGCUCUGCGUCCCGCCGGCCGGCCCGGCCGACAGGGUGCGGCUCCCAAAAGAAGACACAGUGUGUGCGGCCUGUCUGCAUACUGAGAUUGGGGAGAAGGAAUUCCUGGAGAACGUCUGCAGCCAGGACUUUGCCUUAAAAAUGAGCAUCAAAUCUUCAUCUGCCAUCGACGGGGACCUCCAGGUGACCCCUGACCUCCGGGGGCGCACCCUUUACAGGCAGGACGGCUGGUCGGAGGAAGAGCUGAAGAAGCCGGUCCUGUGGCUGACCGACGGAGAGGCCUGCUCCUGCGAGGAAGUGACGGCGGCAGGGCCUGGGUCCGUGGUCCUUGCCAUGGGGCACAGGGUAGCUGGCCGGCUCGUCCUCUCCUGGGUCAGGAGGUGGCGGCGGGGGGAGAAGGAGCUGAAGAAGUUCACCAGGGCCGUGCGGAAAAUGCAGUGUUAAGCAGAGGCGGUGGCGUUUCCUCCUCCCCUCCCGUCACCAGGUUCUGCGAUUUAUCUUCUGCUGCGGAAUUCCUGCAUAACGGGGGGUUGGGAUGGAUGACCUUGUGGGGUCCCUUCCAACUUUGCGCGUCUAUGGUUCAAGCCAGACAAUGCAUUUAGAUUUAGCCAGGCUUCUGGCGUGCCCCACACUCCCUCCAGGUGGUGUUAGGAUAUGGUAUCUAAUAUUGGAUAAAAGUUCACUGGCCAGGGGUUGGGGAAGGUAGCCUUUGUUGGUCGCCAGAAACACAGAGUUGUCUUGCGCUGAUGCAACUUGGCAGAGGCGAGGCGUUGAAGAGCAGAAAUUAUGCUCAGUUUCAGGCACAAAAGCAACUUCCUUUCCUAGCCAAAAGGCCUCUCUUGCUAGCCAGUUUCCAGCUCUAGGGUGCCACCAUUUCAAACGUCCAUCCGGAUUAGAAUUUACCUCUGCGUGGAAACGGCAGAGCUACAGACAUUUGUUCCUCCCCAGACUCAAAUUUGUAGACUACUGGGGUGGGUGUGAUAUUUCCCCGGAAAUCCAGCAUUUUAUACUGCGUGUUCGCAUUUCGUGGCUUGUUUAUCCACUAAAACGUUUGUUUUAACACAUGAAUCAAUAAAUAUACGGUCGUUUGUGAACGUUC